GAAGAAGAAGAAGAAGUAGUGCGGGACAUUCAGAGACGAGAAGGAUUUAUUGCACUUUGUGAGAAAUGGGUUAUUCAUGCUGCGUGAACGGAUGUAGCAGUAAUUCACACAGCAGAAAAGUUGAUCGUGGCAUCAGAUUUUUCACUUUUCCCACCUGGAAAAGAGGCUUCGGGAAGCAGGUAGAGAAUAUAACGAAGAGACGUCGGACUGCAUGGGUUGCUGCAGUGAAACGGAAGGACAUCACAUUCCACAAAAUGUCUUCGUAUGUGCGUGUUUGCUCCCGGCAUUUUCACAAAGGUCAGCCUGCAUAUGAGAUGCUGGAGACUGACCCAGACUGGGCUCCGUCCCUACAUCUGGGCCACACAUCGGUUAAGCCCACAGACGCAGCACGCGCUGCAAGGCGAAGUCGUCGGGAACAGCUAAGGAAGAGCAGGGCGCAGGCAGCCAAGACAGGCGUCCAGCAGGCGGGAGACAUUGUUAAUGAGGUGACACAGGAGGCUGCAGAAGACAGUGGCCCGCUACAGAAAGACGUGGGGAAAGAGGAAGCUGCAGAAGUCCUGCUAAGCUCUGGGCAUGAAUCCCACAACACCAACCAGGAGGUUGACCAGACUGAAUGUAACUUGUGCAUGCUCAUGUGUACGGAAGUGAACCGUCUGUUAGAAGAGAACCGAGAGCUGCGGCGUGAACUUGAUGAACUCAGGAUCUCUGAUGACUUCUUUGGAGAAGAUGAUGAGAAAGUGAAGUACUAUACUGGUCUACCAAACCUGGUAACCUUCAUGACUUUAUUCAAUUUUUUGCUGCCGCUCAUGUCCACCCAAAACAAAGUUCUGACUCCAUUUCAAAUAUUCUUGAUAACCUUCAUGCGCCUCAGAUUGAAUCUACCUGCAGAACACCUAGCCCAUCUCUUCCGUGUUUCCCCAAACACAGUGAAUAGUACAUUCAGUGAAACUGUGUCAUUUUUGUAUGUGAACCUGAAGCGUGCUAUUGUGUGGCCAGAUAGAGACACUUUGCACAAAAUGAUGCCUCAUCAGUUUGUGGAGGCCUUUGGACACAGAGUAGCAGUGAUUAUUGACUGCUUUGAAGUUUUCACAGAGACACCAUCAAAUCUGGAAGCACCUGCCAAAAUGCUUUCCUCCUUCCAACGCAACCACACCAUGAAAUAUUUGGUCGGUAUUACACCCAGGGGAGCUAUUUGUUUCCUUUCAAGAGGAUGGGAAGGCCAUACAAGUGACGAACAUUUAACCCUGAACAGUGGCUUUCUUGACAAUUUGUUGCCUGGUGAUGUUGUGUUGGCUGAAAAAGGUUUUGAAAUACAGGAAAAUAUAGGCAUGUUGUGCGCAGAGGUCAAACCUCCAGCCUUGACAAAAGGCAGCUGUCAGCUAGCUGCCAGAGAUGUGGAGGAAACUGGAAAAAUAGCACAUCUGAGAACCCACAUUGAAAGGGUGGUUGGAAAUUUUAGUCAGAAAUACAAAAUAUUAAGUGGAGCCAUACCCAUCAACAAGAUGCCAUGUGAAGGUGAGGAUGUCACUCUUUUGGAUAAGAUUGUCACUGUGUGUUGUGCGCUCACAAACCUGUGUGCAGUUGUAGUUUAAAGUUAUAACAGCUAAAUCAAGUGUUAAGUUUCAGACUGUAUUCUUCACAAAAAAAAAAAAAAAAACACUGAAAACAUGCAGAAUAGUAAAUUAACAUGUGAAGUGAUCUGUUUGGUUUUGUAUAGUGUUUGAGUUUUUAAUACAUUGCAACCUGCUUUAACAAUAAAGUAUAUGACAUUUUA